GUGAUUUUGAUUUUUGACAAUUGACAUUGAAGUUCUUUCUUGUUAAAAUUUGUGUCCAACAUGGCUCGUGGACCUAAAAAGCAUUUGAAGCGUCUGAACGCUCCCAAAGCAUGGAUGCUGGACAAGCUGGGCGGCGUGUACGCGCCGCGGCCGUCCACGGGGCCGCACAAGCUGCGCGAGUGCCUGCCGCUCGUCAUCUUCCUGCGCAACCGGCUCAAGUACGCGCUGACCGGCAACGAGGUGCUGAAGAUCGUCAAGCAGCGCCUCAUCAAGGUGGACGGCAAGGUGCGCACCGACCCCACCUACCCCGCCGGCUUCAUGGAUGUGGUAUCGAUUGAGAAGACAAAUGAGCUAUUCCGCCUGAUCUACGAUGUAAAGGGACGUUUCACAAUCCAUAGGAUAACUCCAGAAGAAGCUAAGUACAAACUUUGCAAAGUGCGGCACGUGGGCACGGGGCCCAAGAACGUGCCCUACCUGGUGACGCACGACGGGCGCACGCUGCGCUACCCCGACCCGCUCAUCAAGGUCAACGACUCGAUCCAGCUGGACAUCGCGUCGGCCAAGAUCAUGGACUUCAUCAAGUUCGAGUCGGGCAACCUGUGCAUGAUCACGGGCGGGCGCAACUUGGGCCGCGUGGGCACCAUCGUGUCCCGCGAGCGCCACCCCGGCUCCUUCGACAUCGUGCACGUGAAGGACUCCACGGGGCACACGUUCGCCACGCGCCUGCACAACGUGUUCAUCAUCGGCAAGGGCACCAAGGCCUACAUCUCGCUGCCGCGCGGCAAGGGCGUGCGCCUCACCAUCGCCGAGGAGCGCGACAAGCGCAUCGCCGCCAAGGUGGCGCAGCACUAGCGCAAUAAACGACUCGACACCCA